UUUUUAUGUCAAAGGGCGACGAAAUUGCAUGCAUGUUUUCUUCUUCCCCAAACUUUUUGACGUCAUCGGUGUCUACGGAGACCUUGAGGGAUCAAACUGUUACAAUUCCAUUUGUUGUUCACAACCAUAGACCCUCUAUAUGUUUUUUGCGGGAGAUGGAUACAGUCCGGCGGCGAAUGGGUUAAGGAGCGGGGGUCCAUAUUCCUCCUUUCCUUAUCGCCAUGAUGAACAAAUGAACUCUCGGGGAAUGAAAUUUAAAUUUCAUAAAGGAGAAAAAGUUCUUUGUUUUGAACCCGAUCCAUCAAAGGCCAAAGUGCUCUAUGAUGCAAAGGUUGUUGACAUUAUCCUAAGAAAAAAUGAUCUGGGAAAGCGGGUGCCGCAGUACCUGAUUCACUUUAACGGUUGGAACAGAAGCUGGGACCGUUGGGCUGCUGAGGACCAUGUUCUGCGAGAUUCUGACGAAAAUCGAACAUUACAGCGUGAACUGGCGCGCAAAGCUUUGGCUCGCAUGAAGAGAAAGGGAUGGAGGAGACGACGCUGUCGUUUACCUGGUGUUAAUGCAGCUCUAAAACCCCUUCCGGAAGAGGAGGAGGAGGAGAGCGAUGACACUUCUUUGAUCUCAUCAUCUGAUGAUAGUGACGAGGACGAUUCAGAGGACCCUGAAUCUUUAAAAAGCGGAGAGAGCGACUCGUCUGAUGAUUUGGAUGAAAUGAGGGAGGAGCAGGAAGCUCAUGGCAAGCGAGAGGGUGAGGAGAAGGCCAUCGCCGUCACCAUGGAUAUACCGGACAUCCUCAAGAAGAAGCUGGAGGAUGAUUGCUACUACAUCAACAAGAGGAAAAAGUUGGUGAAGCUUCCGAGUCCGAUGAACAUCGUGAACAUCCUGGAGUCGUACGUGAAGCACUUCACGCUCAACGCGGCUUUCUCUGCCAACGAGCGCCACCGUCACCGCCAGUCGUCGGCCACGUCGGACCCUGGGCCUCAGCCGGUGCCCCCCGAGAAGAAUGAGGAGCUCUGCAAGGAGAUGGUGGACGGGCUGAGGAUCACGUUCGACUUCACCCUCCCCAUGAUCCUGCUCUACCCCAACGAGCAGGCCCAGUUCAAGAAGGUCACCUCCUCCAAGUUCGUCCUGCCCGUCAGCGAGCCGUCGGCAGGCUCCAGCAGGUGUGACGCGUCGCUCCUGAGUCUCCAGUUCUUCCAGUCGUCGGCGCCCAGAGUCCUGCAGGAGCGCUCGCCGAGCCCAGGGGCCAACCCCUCCACCCCGCAGUCCGUCGACAGCCAGCCGGCGCUCAGCGAGACGUCCACCGGGCAGCCGCCGCCGCACUUCGUCCUGGGCCUCGGCCUCGGCCACGGCUCGUCGUCCAGCACCACCACGCCCAAGCGCCGGCGAGGCCCCACCUCCGUGGCCGAGGCGGCCGAGUGGGCCCAGUCGCUGCGGCGCUCCACGCGCAACACGUCGGGCGGGGAGCGCGAGGGAAGCGGUGGUGGUGGUGGUGGUGGAGGCAGCAGCAGCAGUACCUCCCCUCCACCCAAACGGCGGCUGGGAGAGCACCAUGGCACUCUGCCCAAGUUCUUCCUCAACCUGGACAGGAAGACCCCUGUGCACAGUGGCUCCUCUUCCCCUUUGCCAUUGACGCCUAGCAAAGAUGGCAGCGGUGUGUUUGCUGGUCUGGGGACUCGCAGGAACAACGAGCUGAACGAGGUGUUGAGUUGGAGGCUGACUCCCGACAACUAUCCUCAGAGCGACCAGCCCCCUCCCCCCUCUUACCUCUAUGGCUCUCAGCAUCUGCUCCGCCUCUUUGUGAAGCUGCCAGAGAUCCUGGGGAAGAUGCACAUCCCUGAGAGGAACCUCCGAGCACUAGUCAAACACCUGGAGCUGUUCCUUAGGUUUCUGGCCGAGUUCCACGAGGACUUCUUUCCCGAGUGUGCUUACGUGUCGGCCACAGAGGCGCACUACUGCAUGAAGCAGCCGCACGCCGCCUACUGAGCGCGCUCCGCGACCUCUGACCCCUGAACUUAAGGACUGAAGCCAGCCCUCCCUGGGGACGCCUGCGCUGCCGCAGUCCAGAGUCCCCCCCCCCCCCCCCCCCCCCCACGUGCCUCAGCACGGCCAACCAGACUGAAGUCGCGCUCCCGGCGAGCGCUGGGACUGGACGACGGGCCGGCCAAUCGAAUGUCCACUUCCUGUUGUUUUGGCUGAGACUGCUGCAAUACGUUUUGCUUUCUGUGCUCAAAGACUUCUCUCUUCUUCUGUGAUGUCCUGUGACUCUCACCUCUUAGCUGCCGAGCUCUUUCGCCCUGCCGACUAGACUGCCCCAAAAAAUGAAAAGACUUUUCCAGAAGAAAGAAUCCCUACACACUUUUUUGUCACUUGUGUGACUUGAGAUAUGUGUGUGUGUAUGUGUGUGUGAGUAUUGGCUUUCCCUUCAAAGAACUGAGCCUUGUAUGUGUGUUUAUAUGAGUGUGUGUGUGUGUGUGUGUGUGUGUGUGUGUGUGUCUCCAACGUUCCUGAAAGCGUCAGGAGCUAAGACUGUUUCAUGUGUCUGCAUCCUGAAGCAUUGUGUGUGCUGUCUGCUUUGGUUUCGUUUGACAAUUGUUUUGUGCCGGUUUCCUCUUUGCUAGCUUCUAAAUGCUGACAUUAGUGUGGAUGGCGGUAGAAAGUAUGACAAUCCACAUGUCUGUGUGUAUUUGUUACUUGUAUAUAAGGAUCUGUUGGGUCUUUGUAGUCCUUGAGAUGGUCGUUUACAGUUGUAAUGCACUGGCUUUUGUGUAUUUCUCUUCCUUUCCUGAGGCACAGUUUAGGCUCUGAUUGGAUAUGCAUGUGACUGAUGUAAAAUACACACUGCAUUGUGCUUUAAUACAAAAAUGUUAUCUUUUACAUGUUGCCGUCGGUGGACAUUUAAAGGACGGUCGUGUUGUGAAUUGUCGUCAUGGUCCACAAAUACAGUUUGAUUACGAAUUUUGAAUACCA